GACCCUUUCGAUCUCUAGGAAAUCUCGGAAGAUCUAUUCGACCUCAUCCGCCACGGCGAUCUCGUUUGGACAUUUGAUCGAACACCUACUUUGCUUUCUCGACAAACCAAUAAUAUCACUGCUCCGAAUCUACCUUUCUUCUUCUGCUUAUUGUCUAGAGUUUUUUGGUCAACUAACAAAGACCUUUUGAUUCAGAAAUUUUUUGGGAAGUAAUUUCAGAAACCUGAUUGGUAGAAGUAGAACCAGACGAUGCAAUGCAGGUCUGCUAUUCACCAAAAUUGGGAUCUGUGAAUAAGAAUUCAUCCUCUUUCGGUAAUUCGGGUGCUUACACUAGCCCAGGAACUCCUGAUUAUGGUGAUAACGAUGUGGGGGGGUUUCAAAAGGGAUGGUAUUCGGAGAGAGUACCCUUGCCAAGUAAUAGCAGCCGGAGGCAUAUUAGUGCUGCAGCAUUGAUGCCCUUCAAUAGUGGGAGGACACUGCCAUCAAAAUGGGAUGAUGCUGAGAGAUGGAUUACAAGCCCAGUUUCUGGUUUUGGGGUUUGCAAGACUUUAGCUCCGCCACCUCAGAGACGACCUAAGGCAAAGAGUGGACCACUGGGAGGGACUCCUGGGGUUGCUUACUUUUCAAACUAUUCACCUGCUGUGCCAGUUCUUGAAGGUGGAAGUGCCAACAAUUUUCUUGCCGGCUCGCCAAUCACAACUGGAGUCCUAGUGCCUGAUGGCUUACCUUUUCACCAUGGUGGUGUGAUUAGUUCUGCUCACACCGAGUAUGGAAUGGUUCAAUCUGCCAACAUACUGGGAUGGACUGAGUUGUUGAUGGAGUCUUCAUAUUCCGAUUCUCAAGAAGAUAAGCGUGAUGAAAAUGGUGUCUCCCGUGCUAUCUCAAGACGAGAUAUGGCGACCCAGAUGAGCCCUGUUUGCAGCCCUGAAACCUCCCCAAAGGGAGGGAUGUCAAUGUCUAUCGCUCCAUAUAUUCCUCCACCUGUGGAACCUGGCAACCAUCAUUCUGCUAGAUUGGAAGUCAAGGAUGUCCAGGUAGACAAAGGAGCCACUAUGACAAAGCAAUCAAAAAGAAACAGGAUAAAAAUGAAGAAUAACCGAUCACCAGAGGCUAAUGACUUAGCUUUGACAUGGAAUGCUACAGAAGGAGCAAUGAAAUUGUCAAAGCUCCAGAAAGAGGAAGCAAGGAUCACUGCAUGGGAGAACCUGCAGAAUGCAAAAGCAGAGGCAUCAAUUCGGAAACUUGAGAUGAAACUGGAAAAGAAGAAGUCCGCAUCUAUGGAUAAAAUCUUGAACAAGCAUAGAGCUGCCCAAAUGAAAGCCCAAGAAAUGAGAAGGAAUGUAUCAGACAAUGUUGCCGAUCAGGCUCCCAAAAACUUCCGCAAAUUCAGGACCUUACGUAGAUAUGUCACAAAUUCCUUUGGAGGAUGCUUCCGAUGUCAUAACUUCUAGUCCUCUAAGAUCAUCAAAUGAAUCAGCAGGUUUGCAGUCCAAGCAGCUUGUGCAACAGAACCUCGAUGAAUUAGCUAGUUAACGGUAGCCUAGUUAAUGGGGAGCAACUUUCAAGUGUCGGAAUGGCUUCAUGAAGCAUAUGCAAUUAUUGAGACGAUCAGCUGAUGCAUAUAUGAAUAUAGUUUGAAGCCUAGUUUUCGUCAAGUAUCUAGUGAAUCGAUGAAUUUUGUUUGGGCUAGAUCGUCGUUUUGGGAAGGUAAAUAUGUAAAAUCCAAUAUGCAUCAUUGGAGCAAGGUACAUAAUAUCUAUUGUUGCAAACACUAAAACACCUAAUGACAUAUUAUUAAUCCUCAA